GCCUAGAUAUAAUUUAAUAAUAUUAUAAGAUAUAUUUAUAAUUUGUUUAUUUCCCCCCCCCCUUAAAGUUCAUAUUCUGAGACAUCUUUGACAUGCGUCUCUCCGACACUAGUAGGAGCUUGACGGCUGUGGUGUUUCUUUUUUGCUGUGCCAUUGUGGGACUCGUCUGCUGGGCGCCUCUGUUCUACUCCAUCUUAAAGCAGUGAGGCGGCAAAAGUUGCUUCACUUUCCUACAGGGACCACUUGUUGCAGAAUGCUGGUUGAAGUCAAAGUCAAAGUCAAUGGUGUGCUGGGCUUACUCUCUUCAGGCCUGUCCCGUGCCCCAUGUGUGGGGGCGGCUGCGACACGACCUUCAUGCAUAAGGCUGCGGCCACUGGGGAAGUCAGUUCCGUGUGGGAUUUACGACUCUGGCGGCCCGAGACCGAGGACUAUAUCGUGUCAGACUGUGGCGUCGGGUUAUGGGUGGGCCACAGAAUGGACGAAAAUGUCGACUGUUCGUCGUCGAAAUGGAAAUGAAGGUUUUCGAUUGCUGACAUGGCAGAUCCACCCAGUUUCUUGUUACACGUGGACAAGCAGCGUACUCCCUUCUUUGUUGAAGAAGAACAACACUGACAUAACUACUUCCCUGCAUGUUGCUGCUGCUGCUUCUGCUGGCCAGGAUGACGUAGUUCCACUGGUUUCAUCAGUUCAGGAGAACCAGAGUAUUCGGAUGCCAGCCAUGUCAGCAGGAGCAGCCACGUCAGCUGCGGUGUCGAGUGGACGGAGUACUACGGAUAACGAUUCCAGAUCAAUGGCCGGGGGACGCCAAGAUGAGGGAGGCACGUCGACCAUCAUCUACGUGGCGGGAUUGCAGGUUGAAGCUGUUGCUGGACCGGGUGUUUCCGAUAAGGAGUUCAGGCUGGCUCUUGAUUCUGUGCCAUUCAAGCAAUGGGUCAAGUACAUGGAAGGUCCUGCAGGUUUAUUGAGGAUAGGGGAUGGAAGUGGAGGGGGAAGAAUCUCCUUACAGCAUGUUUUAUUCCAGAGCGUGGAUCUCUUCGGAGAAAGAGUGGGCUUCGUGAAAUUCAAAGCAGAAGUGGUGGACAAAGACACAGGAUCAAAGCUCCCUGGCAUUGUGUUUGGACGAGGAAGUGCUGUUGGGAUUCUUAUGUUAUUGGAAAGCGAUUCCCGAAAAUAUGCCGUUCUGACAGAUCAGGCACGAGUUCCUGUUGGCCGCAGUAUCUUGGAACUUCCUGCUGGCAUGCUGGAUGAUGGGGAGGGCGACUUUGUCGGGACAGCUGCAAGGGAGGUUGAGGAGGAGACUGGAAUUCACAUCCGUGCGUCAGAGCUUGUCGAUCUCACAGCCUUGCUUGAUGAAUCGACGGGUCGAAAGAUGUUUCCUUCCCCGGGUGGAUGCGACGAAGAUAUCACACUCUUCUUGUAUCGAGGAAAAGUCAGCAAAGAGGUGAUCGAGCAAUUGCAAGGCCGAGAAACUGGAUUACGGGACCAUGGCGAGCUAAUCAAAGUCCACGUUGUGCCUUAUGAGCGAUUGUGGAGGAGUUCGGCAGAUGCAAAGGUAUUGGCAGCGAUUGCUAUCUAUGAGAUGUCAAUGAAGGAGGGGAUUCUCCCUCCAACCCCCCCAGUCUCUCCGCCGUCUUCACCGCGCCGCAGCCAUUUGUAAAAACAACAGACGCAGCUGCUGACUUCUAUCUGGGGCUGAUUAUGCCUCCUCGGUGGUCCUGGCAGCUUGUACCUUGGGGUUGUCGACAAGGAACCAUUGAUCGAUUAAUCAGUAGAUGCAAAGAUAUCGGCAGAGCUACAGGGCAAGAUGGCAUCAAGUGAGCGAGUGAGGGAGGGAGGGAGGGAGGGAGGGAGGGAGGGAAUUAUCCCGCCAACUCCUGCAUUCUCUCCACCUUUUCCACCACGUGGCCGUCAUCCAUAAGAUUGGAGUAUGCGCUGCCAUUGAUCUGGAGCUGAAUGUGGCUGCUGCUGCAUCCCUUCGUGUUUGUUGCCUGCGCCUGCUGGAUGUUGUUUCCCUACCCAUUAUUUUUUUGUGCCACGUGAUCCGCUUCGUUGGCUCGACGAGUCUACGUGAGAUGACAGCAGUCAGAUGGUCUGGCAAAGAACAGCAUGUUGAGUCUGGCAAGAUUUUUGCAAACUGCAAGAUUUUCGCAAACUACAAGAUUUUCCCAAGAUUUGAAGGAUUUGGAAGAUGCGUGAGAUUGAGAUCUGCACAGCUUCACAAGAUUAUCCACAACGUUCCUGCAAAAUUUGUUUUUUGAAGUUUUUCCUUUUUUUCGCUUUUCCUUCUCAGAAGAGAAUCAUCAUCUCCCGUUCCCGCAAGAUUUCGCUUUGAUCCAGCGGCCUAGCUCAGCUGGUAAGGCACGCAAGUGGCAUUCAGGAGGUCAUGGGUUCAAUCCUCAUUGGCCUCAUGUACCUUCCCGGGCAAGCUUGGAAGUUGGCACCCACCACCUAGAGAUAGGCCGUUGGUCCCCCCGAGUGGCAUUGAGCAGAGAAUGCUAAUGUGCAUAGGGGGAGGGGACCGGAGGGGAGGCACAGCGACUGGGCCAUUGAAGAAGCUCGGUCCUGAUGCUGCCAGCUGACCCCUGGCUGGUAUCGCCCACCUGCUGUAGCAGGUAUCGCACCUGCUGGUGGGUGCAGCUCCCACAUGUUACCUCGUCGGAGGCUUGAGCACGGAUGUGGGUGCUACGGGUUUCCCCAUAUAAUAAUACUAUAAUCAUAGUAUAAUGACAAUUAAAAAAAGGCCUGUAAGGCCGUCCUGUCCAGAUUCGACAGGUAAUUGAAUUGGUUGGGCUUAAAAAAGAUUUCGCUUCGGCAAACUGCAAGAUUGAGAUCUGCAGCUUCUCAAGAUUUCCCCAAGAUUUGCAGGAUUUAGAAUAUGAGCAAGAUUGAGAUCUGCAGCUUCACAAGAUCAUCCACAACAUUCCCGCAAAAUCAUUUGCGAGAUUUGCGAGAUCCCGGCAACGGAGAAACCGUUAAAAAAAAAAGAAAGGAUUUGCGAGUUUUUUGCAGGAGCUGAAAGAUGCACAAGGUUUGCGAAUUGCAGGUCAGCAGAUUGAUUGAAGGAGUGGGGAGUCCUGUAUCCAUCCUUGGGAACCCGUCAACGAAGGACGAGAACGACGAGAAGGGGAGGAGAGACUAUGGAUGGAAUGGAGGGUGGGCCCUCAGAAGAGGGAGUGCUUAAUGGGACCACUUACUGGGAAAGUUUUUUUUUUUUUCUUAGUAUUUUACUAUUUUUGCCAUCUAUGUUUUUUUUUUUUUUUUUUUUUUUUUUUUUGGUUGAAUCGAUGGUAGUAUUUGCCAGAUCGAACAUUUAUGGGAUAAGCAAGAAAACAGCUGGAAAUCAAGAGGAGGAGGAAUUUGGGCGCGCACUCACACAAGCACUAUCCUAAAUGUAUCUGACUGCGAUUACAGCCAGAGUUGGGUGGGUGCACGUGACCGCAAUCAUGUCCAGAGUUCAGUCCAAAGAGUCCUUGUGUGAAUAUGCGCUUUUAGAGAAUUAGCCUCAAACGG